AUGAGCCUGCCUCGACCGGACGAGUUCCAGCCUCCUCCGGAGUGCCCGGUCUUCGAGCCCAGCUGGGAGGAAUUCCGAGACCCGUUUGCCUUCAUCAACAAAAUCCGUCCCAUCGCGGAGAAGACGGGGAUCUGCAAAGUGCGGCCGCCCCCGGGUUGGCAGCCUCCGUUCGCCUGUGAUGUUGACAGACUUCACUUUGUUCCCCGGAUCCAGAGGCUCAAUGAGUUGGAGGCACAAACCAGAGUCAAGCUCAACUUCUUGGACCAGAUUGCCAAGUUUUGGGAUUUGCAGGGAUGUGCCCUGAAGAUCCCUCAUGUGGAGAGGAAGAUUUUGGAUCUGUAUAAGCUUAACAAGCACGUAGCAGAUGAGGGUGGAUUCGACAUCGUCUGCCGGGACAGGCGAUGGACCAAGAUCGCACACCAAAUGGGCUUUGCUCCCGGCAAAGCUGUGGGCUCCCACCUGCGAGGGCAUUACGAGCGAAUCCUCUAUCCCUACAAUCUGUUUCAGAGCGGCGCAAACCUGCUGGCACCAGAUCCAGCUUCCAAACUGAUGCGUUUGGAGGCUGAACCCGAACUUGAAAAGUGCGUUCAGAAGCCAGUCCUGCCGGUGGAGAAGCUCGAGGAGGACGCGGACAUCAAGGAGCAGAAGCUGCAGGACCCGGUUCAGAGGUCGCCCGCACCGACGCCUGACUGGUGCCCCAGCGCUCGCCGAGCCAAGCGCAUGAAGUACGAGACUGUCUGCAUAAAGACCGAACCAGGUGAGCCCGAAGAGAGCAAACCCAACCUGCGGCGGAGAAUGGGCUCUUUAGUGGCCAAACCAAAACCAGAAAAAGAGAUUCCCAUUCUGGUGAAGCAAGAGCCCGUUGAAAGUAAGGAACCAGUAACGGAACCUGAAAAAUUCAAACCGCGGUACAAGAAGUUCAUCCCUCCGAUUCCUCCGAGUCCAGUGGAUCUGGUCGUGUGUCUGGUCUGUGGCAGCGGGGGCGACGAAGACCGGCUGUUGCUGUGUGACGGCUGUGACGACAGCUACCACACCUUCUGUUUGAUCCCUCCGCUGCACAACGUCCCCAAAGGAGACUGGAGGUGCCCCAAGUGUCUGGCUCAGGAAUGCAGCAAACCUCACGAGGCGUUCGGGUUUGAACAAGCAUACAGAGACUAUUCGCUCCGUGCGUUUGGACAAAUGGCAGACGCCUUCAAAUCCGAUUACUUCAACAUGCCGGUUCACAUGGUGCCCACGGAGCUGGUGGAGAAGGAGUUCUGGCGUCUGGUCGGCGCCAUCGAAGAGGACGUCACCGUUGAAUAUGGAGCAGAUAUCGCCUCCAAGGAGUUUGGGAGUGGAUUCCCCAUCCCCAAUGGGAAGUUUAAGGUUUCUCCAGCAGAUGAGAAAUACCUCAAAUGUGGCUGGAACCUCAACAACCUGGCCAUGAUGAACCCGUCUGUGCUGACUCACGUCACGGCGGACAUCUGCGGGAUGACGCUGCCGUGGCUUUAUGUCGGCAUGUGCUUCUCCUCUUUCUGCUGGCACAUCGAGGACCACUGGAGCUACUCCAUCAACUACCUGCACUGGGGGGAGCCCAAAACCUGGUACGGCGCUCCUGGUUUUGCUGCGGAACAGCUGGAGGAGGUGAUGAGGAAACUGGCCCCGGAGCUGUUCGACUCCCAGCCCGAUCUGCUCCACCAGCUGGUCACCAUCAUGAACCCCAACACACUGAUGGCUCACGGAGUCCCGAUCUACAGAACCAACCAGUGUGCCGGGGAGUUCGUCAUCACAUUCCCUCGAGCUUAUCACAGUGGAUUCAACCAGGGCUUUAACUUUGCCGAGGCCGUCAACUUCUGCACCGUGGACUGGAUGCCGCUGGGCAGGCAGUGCGUGGACCACUACCGGAUGCUGCACCGCUACAACGUGUUCUCCCACGACGAGAUGGUGUGCAACAUGGCCUCAAAGGCAGACACGCUCAACGUGGUCCUGGCCUCUGCCGUCCACAAGGACAUGGUCUCCAUGAUCAAGGAGGAGAAGGAGCUGAGGGACAGAGUGAAGAAAAUGGGGGUGAUUCACAGCAAAGAGGCGAAGUACGAUCACCUCCAGGAUGACGAGCGGCAGUGUGCCAAGUGCAGGACCACCUGCUACCUGUCUGCCAUCACCUGCUCCUGCACGCCGGGCGUCCUGGUCUGUCUGCACCACAUCAACGACCUCUGCUCCUGCCCCGUCACCAACUACACACUGAAUUACAGAUACACACUGGACGAGCUGCACCCCAUGAUGAACGACGUGAAGCAGCGAGCCGAGGUCUACGACGAGUGGGCUUCCCGCGUGUCGAUGACUCUGGAAGCCAAACUGGAGAAGAAGAAAGGCCUCCCCGUCUUUCGGGCUCUCCUGUCCGAAUCGGAGUCCAUGUUGUUCCCCGACAACGACCUCCUGCGCCGGCUCCGUCUGGUCACGCAGGACGCAGAGAAGUGCUCCUCCGUGGCCCAGCAGCUGCUGAACGGCAAGAGGCAGACCAGGUAUCGGUGUGACAGCGUCAGGUCUCGGAGCCAGCUGACCGUGGAGGAGCUCAGGUCAUUCGUGAGGCAGCUGUAUAACCUCUCCUGCAGCCUCCCCCAGGCGCCGCUGCUGAAGGAACUCCUGAAUCGCAUCGAGGACUUCCAGCAGCACAGCGAGAAGGUCCUGGCAGACGAGGUUCCCAGCGUCACUGAGAUCCAGAGCCUGCUGGACGUCAGCUUCGACUUCGACGUGGACCUCCCGGAGCUGCCCCUCCUCAGAGAGAGGCUGGAGCAGGCCCGGUGGCUGGAGGGCGUGCAGCAGGCCAACGCCCAGCCCUCCACCCUCUCUCUGGAGACCAUGAGGAGGCUCAUCGACCAGGGCGUCGGUCUGGCGCCGCAUGCAUCUGUGGAGAAGGCCAUGGCUCGGCUUCAGGAGCAGCUCACCAUGUCGGAGCACUGGGAGGAGAAGGCCAGCAGCCUCCUCAAGGCCAGACCGCCACACUCCAUCGAGACUCUCAGUGCUGCUGCUGAAAAGGUGUCGAGCAUCCCCGCAUACCUCCCCAACUGUCUCCUCCUCAAAGAAACCAUCAGAAAAGCCCAAGAGUGGCUCCAGGAGGCCGAAGAGCUGCAGGCCAGCGGCUGCAUCCUGAUGUGGGACAGUCUGUCCGACAUGGUGCUGCGAGGACAAUCCAUUCAGGUCCACCUGGAGCCUCUGGACCGGCUAAAGUCUCUGAUGGCCGAAGUCGAGGAGUGGAAAGAAUCUGCAGCAGCGGCUUUUCUUCAGAAAGACUCGACACUGACCUUACUGGAGGUCCUGUGUCCAAGGUGUGAAGUAGGAAACGUGGGUUCUCCAAAGAGGAAGGCCAAGAAAGGAAAGCAGUCGCCUAAAAGCAACAAGAAGAAAACACAGCGGCUCAACACUCUCAGCGACGUGGAAAAGGCGCUUUCAGAGACCAAGGAUUCCAUCUCCGCUAUGGCGACUCUGGAGGAGCUGCGGGUGAGGGAGAUGGAGGCUUUCUCUAAUCUCAGGGCCGCCAACGAGUCGAAGCUGCUUCCCACGGCGGACUGCAUGGACCUGCGAGUGUGCUUCUGCCAGAAGGCGCCCAUGGGCGCCAUGCUGCAGUGCGAACUGUGCAGGGAUGCUUUUCACAGCGUGUGCGUCCGAGACCCGUCGGGCUCCUGCGAAACGCAGCCGUGGCUCUGCCCUCAGUGCCAGCCCUCGGAAAAGCCCCCGCUGAGCAGAGCCGUCUCCCUGGUGACGUCCCUGCGGCGCCUCGGGGUGCGCCUGCCGGAGGGCGACGCCCUGCACUACCUGGUGGAGCGGACGGGCGACUGGCAACAGCGGGCACAGCAGAUUUCGCACUCGUGUAACCUGCCGGAGCUGGAGGAGAGGCCGGGGACCCCCCCCACGCUCAGCCGCUUUGUAUCGGGCGUCGAAAACGUCCAGAACAACACUCAGGCUCCGUGUUUGACUCCAGAGUGGAGCCGGACGAGCCACGCUCAGACCGUCUUCUACACUGAGCAGCGAUGCAUCCCGCUGCAGGGUUUGAGUCAGGAGCUGGAGGAGCUGAUGGUGGAGGGGCUCCUGCUGCAGGUGUCUCUGCCGGAGGUCCAGAGUCUCUACCACGUCCUACUGGACCGAGCCAGCAGCCAACACGUCAACAGAUGCAUGUCGCCGCCGCCGGACGAGGCCACGGACACACACACACAGAACUCUCAGGGAACAAAUCUGCCACUAAACCAGAACGGCGCCAGUGACGUGCGGGAAACCGUGAACGGCUCGGAGAAGAAGGCGAAGCGGCACAUGGAGAGGGAAGGCAGCGACGCAGACUGCCGGGCGAAGGACAAGAAGCACUCUCACAAAAGACAGAAGAUGAACAAAAAGAAGCAGCAUCGCCGGCCGGCCUCCACCUCGUCCUCCCCGCGCUCCGACUUCUCCCAGUCCGAUGACUCCGAUGAGGAGAUGGCCGUCUGUCCCGCGGAGCGGUGUCAGCUGCCCGAGGGAGACGAGGUCAACUGGGUCCAGUGUGACGGCAGCUGCAACCAGUGGUUCCACCAGGUCUGCGUGGGCGUGACGGCGGAGACGGCGGAGAAGGAGGACUAUGUUUGCGCGGCGUGCUCGCUGAAAGACGAUAACGGGGAGAAAUGAAGGCGGCGUGCGUGUGUCCUCGCUCCGCUGUCGGACCGGCCGCCCGGUCUGGAUGUGUCACUGACCCCGUUACCCCUCCUCCCCCCCCCCCAUCUGUCCCGUCUGUCCAACCCUUUUGUAACAACGGUGCUAUCUCCUCUUUGACUUGUUGUCCAGAACUAUAAUGUUUAGUUAUUUUUUUGUAUUUUUACAUAUAUAUAUAUAUUAUAUAUAUAUAUUAUAUAUAUUUCUUUCUUCUUAUGAAUUGUUUGUGGUUGUCUAAAUUGGAAAAGAAAAAAAAAAACACAGGAUGUGAAGUGUGCUGCAUGGGAAUCCAUUACAUCAACGCAAAGGAGUCUUACACCACGACCCCCACAGUGAGGAGCGUUCUUCAGAGGUUGAUAGUUUCUUCUUUGCAGCCUCCUUGCAUGUUAAGCAGAGUUGACGGGACAGAAUUGAGGUUUUCAUCCCUUACGACGCCCCCCCUCCCUCCCUAAAAAACAAACAAAAAAAAAAUCACUAUUGCAGGUUUUUCCUUUUCUUUCAGACCCAGUGUUUAGUACAUGCAUCUUAAUAUAAUUAUUCCCAACUUUUUUUUUUGUAGAAUAGUUUUAUUUAUCUGAGCAAUAAUUUUGUCUGAAUCGAACUUUAAAUGGCUUUGGUCUCCGCUGAGUUGUGUUUUAGCGAUGGUGGUGUGUGAUGUACAGAGAGCUACGCAGAUGAACGGGUCGCGGUGGCGAAGGCGCGCCUGCUGCAGGUCGAAGGUCGAAGGGAAAAAGGAAAAGACGCCUGCUGAGACGCAGAUCCGCGGCUCGUGACUCUUCCUGAACAAACGCUGGGAAGGACUCGGGGUAGCUGAACAUGUUACAGGUUUAUAUUGUGGAAUAAAGCCUUCUUGUUCUAUG